CUUUACUCACAGUGUCUCAUUCAAUUCAAACCAUCAUCUUCGCAAAGACCACAUUUGUCGACUUCAAAUCUGACAGGAACGAAUCAUGGAGCCUGCUAUUUUUAUUCCGGAUGCUUUGGCAAACUCGGUCGUUGGAACGGUCGUACCUGCUGGUGGACGUUCUAGGAGCAGGAGCCUAUCAAGAGAGGAUAGAGGACGAAAUGACGCGAGAACAGAAAACCCUGGAACCAAUUUGCAUGUCAGAGGUCUCAAUCGUGAUGUUGAUAGUAGGUUUCUCGAGGAGGCGUUCUCCAAAGCUGGUCGGGUUCAAAAGGCAGAAGUCGUAUAUGACCCCCACACACGAACCUCUCGCGGUUUCGGUUUCGUGGCUAUGGAAUCGCCUGAAGAGGCUGAGGCUGCAAUCACGGUUCUGAACAUGUCAGAAAUCAUGGGGAAGGUCAUUACCGUCGAGAAAGCUAGACGAAGUCGUGCUCGAACACCAACGCCAGGAAAAUAUUUCGGUCCACCGAAAAGCAGCAAGGGAUCCUAUCCUGAUGGCCAAUACGAUCCUCGCCCAUACGACAGUCAUUAUACUGAUAGGUAUUCUCACCGACGAAGCAGGGACCGUUCUCGCUCUCGGGGCUCUUACAAGGACCGUGACCGAAGGAGAGAGAGAGACUAUGACUAUGACGCUUACGACUAUCGAAGAGGUGAACGGGGAAGAGACUACGACUAUGAUAACAGGAGAGGCGACAGAAACGGAGGCUAUCGAAGGAGAGGAUGACUAUCGUGGUACUCUUGAUAUUCUUGCACGCGUACAUUCUAUUCACCUCGUUGGUUUUCUGCGGCGUUGAAUCUAGAUAUACGCAUUGAAUUUUUGCUUCUCUAUUACCACUUGACCAUUCUAUAUUCAUAAACAUUUUUCCUAUCGUUCUUGCCACUUGGCGAAAUAAAAUCGUGUCGACUACGAU